UGCUGAUUGGUGUCGCGUGUGAUUUUUCUUUGUGAAAUUUGACCGGUGAAAGCAUUUGGCGGCGGAAGCAGGACCAUCUAAUUAGAUCAGAAAUCAUGAACUUCCUACGGCAAACACUCAACAUCACCAAAUCGUUUGCCAAUGAAGCAUUCUCAUCGUUCCUGCAGCGUGGUACGAUGGCCACACUAAAUCAAAUGCAUCGCACUGGGCCUCACAUCAAGGAACGUCCCCCGAGGCAACCGCUGGAUGGAAAACCGUUUGCCAAAGGAGUCAUCCUCAAAACACUGAUCAAGAAACCGAAGAAGCCUAAUUCGGCCAAUCGAAAGUGUGUACUGGUGCGGCUCAGCACCGGUAAGGAACUGGUGGCGUACAUCCCCGGAAUCGGCCACAAUCUACAGGAACACAACAUCGUCCUUGUUCGGGUGGGACGUAUGCAGGAUUUGCCCGGUGUCAAGAUCAAAUGUGUCCGCGGCAAGUACGAUCUGGCGCACGUGAUCAAGCAUAAGUAGGGCGGGCGACGAAGAUGCAGACAGUGUUUUGAAAAUAAAGGAAGUGUGAAGAAGCU